CGAUACAUGUAAAGUUAGUAGUGAGCUUGCAAAUUCGCAGACGGAGUGUCGUUUCUAACUGUAACUUUGUGUAUCGAAAAUUCGAACAGAAUGGCAAGAAUAGCAGCCAUAAAACAAUCUUUGGAAAAAGCGUUACACGAUGAAAGCAAAACAUGGGCAAAGUAUCUAGGCAAAGUCGAAAAAAAGACAGGAGUCGAUCGACUUUACGUUUUUUUAAGUUUUGUUGGAUUUACAGCAUUAUAUUUGGUGUUUGGUAUUGGUCAGCAGUUAGUUUGUAAUAUCUUUGGAUUUAUAUAUCCUGCUUAUUGUUCUAUGAAAGCCUUGGAAAGUCCAAAGAAAGAGGAUGAUACAAAGUGGCUGACCUAUUGGGUGGUUUUUGCAAUUUUUACAAUCGUUGAAUUUUUCGCAGAUUAUAUUUUAUGCUGGUUUCCAGUCUAUUGGCUGUUCAAGUGUCUCUUUUACAUUUGGCUAAUGGCACCUAUUGAACGUAAUGGUUCCUUAAUAUUAUACAACUGUAUUAUUAGACCAAACUUUUUAAGAUAUCAUCACAAAGUUGAUGCAUUGAUAUCGUCUGCUCAGGAUGCUGCUGUUAAAGCUGCAGCAAAUGCUUUGCUGACAGAAAAGCAGGAGUAAUAUUUAUAACUUUGAAUUCCUGGAGGCUUAAAAAAUAUGCCUUAAAAAUUUUUACUGUUUUCUCGUCUCGUCCAUUUUUAAUAAAAAGGAAACUGCAAUAUA